AUGGCCGGCAUCUUCGACCUCCUCACCACAAUCUGGACACGCUUCAGCACCAACCUGCGAGGCACCCUCGAUGGCAUGACCCCUGAGAAAUGGAUCCGCCUCGUUAUCAUCGUCGGCGCCUACUGCCUCCUCCGACCCUACCUUAUGAAGCUGGCCGGCGGCAAGCAGAUGAAGGAGCACGAGGCUCCCAUCGAGGAUCCCAACGCCGCGAAGGCCAAGGUCCAGCCCAACACCCUGCGCGGCCAGGUCGAGAUCCCCGAGAACAGCGACGACGACGAGGAGGCCCCCGGCUCCACGACGGCGACCGAUUGGGGCAAGAAGGCGCGCAGGAGGCAGCGCGACGUGCUCAAAAAGAUGAUUGACGUCGAGGAGAAGAGGCUCGCACAGUUGCAGGAGGAUGACGAGGACAAGGAUAUUGAAGAGUUCUUGGUCAAGGAGUAG